GCCGUCUCUCUCCUCUCGCCACGCGUCCUAUUUUCCUAGGGUUUUUCGCUUUUUUUGUUUUUUUUCUCUUAUCAAUUAUCAUUCUUUCGUAUAAAAAACAAUGUAUUUGCGCCUUUGAUCACAUCGAUCGUAACUUUCACUGUGAAUUUUGACUAUUUGACUCCGAUUUAUGCGUGCUUCUUGAUAUAUAUAUAUAUUUUUUUAGAUUUUGUGUUACUGUCUGCACAUUUUAACUGGAUUUGUUUUUAUUGCUUCGAUCACUUUGAUUUUUAAGUUUGGACUGAAAAUCUUGGAAAUUUUCCAAGGAGUUUGUGUGCGUUGUCCUACAUUUUGGUUAUGUAUGUUUACUCGAAUUAGCCGCGAAUUUACUUUGAUUUGAUUAGAUCUUGAAACGGCUUCGGAUUAGUGAUCUCGAUUUGAUUGUUUGUGAUGUGAUUGGAUUUGAUUAGUGUUAGUGGAGUUUGGUUUAUUGGGCUUAUCUUAGGAUUGUGAGUGUGAAAUGUGGCAUGGUUUCUAGUAAAUUGAAUUUGAGUAAAUUUAGUUCCAAAUGGCAAGUGAUUUGGGAAGUAGAGUUUUGGUAAUGAGUGGAAUAUGUUGACUUAUGUGAAUCGGAGCUCUUUGGAGGCCGAUUGCAGGGAUGCUUAUGGGUUUGCAGUGAGACCACAGCAUGUACAAAGAUAUAGAGAGUAUGCAAAUAUUUACAAGGAGGAAGAGGAGGAAAGAUCAGACAGGUGGAAGAGCUUCUUGGAGCGGCAAGCAGAGUCAGCUCAAUUGCCUGUAAAUGGGUUAUCUUCUGAGGAAGAGAACAAAACAUUGCAUACUGAAGCUGAGGGGGAAGUAGCUUGUGAUAAUCAAGAGAAGGUUGUUGAAGUAGAUGAUGCAAGUAUCAAGAAGCCCGAUUCAGACAGCUCCCCCGAAUAUGGUGAAGAAAAGGAGGAGAUACAGUCCACACCAGGGAAAAAGCCUCAUAGAAUCCUAACAUGGACUGAGAUUAGACCAUCACUUCGUAGCAUUGAAGAAAUGAUGAGUAUGCGUGUAAAGAAGCAAGGCAAUUUAUCAAAAAACGAAGAGACUGGAAGAGGGAAGCCUUCACCUCCUAUUGAUGAGGUUAAAUCCUUGAAAGGAGCUUCAGAGGAGGACUCUGAGGAUGAGUUUUAUGAUGUGGAGAAGUCAGAUCUGGCUCAGGAUGGCCCCUCAAGUGAUAGUGUAACUGCCCCUGCCACUGGUUCUAUUGCUGCUGAUGCUGCCCCUCUAGAAUCUGUAUUUCCUUGGAAAGAAGAGUUGGAGGUCCUUGUUCGUGGGGGAGUGCCAAUGGCUCUACGAGGAGAGCUUUGGCAAGCAUUUGUGGGUGUAAGGGCACGCCGAGUGGAGAAGUACUACCAGGAUUUGCUUGCUUCGGAAACUAAGUCUGGCAAUAACACUGAAGAAAAUAGCUCGCUGUCUGACAGCGAUAGUAAGAGUUCAACUACAGAUUCUGUCCGUGUGCCCGAGAAAUGGAAAGGGCAGAUUGAGAAGGAUUUGCCUCGAACAUUCCCAGGCCAUCCUGCUCUCGAUGAUGAUGGUAGAAAUGCUUUGAGGCGGUUACUCACAGCAUAUGCUCGACACAACCCUUCUGUUGGGUACUGUCAGGCCAUGAAUUUCUUUGCAGCACUGUUACUUCUGAUGAUGCCUGAAGAAAAUGCCUUCUGGGCAUUAAUGGGCAUUAUUGAUGACUAUUUUGAUGGUUAUUACUCUGAGGAAAUGAUAGAGUCUCAGGUUGACCAGCUUGUUUUUGAGGAGUUGGUGCGUGAGAGAUUUCCUAAAUUGGUCAAUCAUCUGGAUUACCUGGGAGUGCAGGUAGCAUGGGUUAGUGGACCGUGGUUCCUAUCCAUUUUCAUGAACAUGCUUCCAUGGGAAAGUGUUCUUCGGGUCUGGGAUGUGCUACUUUUUGAAGGAAACCGUGUCAUGCUUUUCAGAACAGCACUUGCUUUGAUGGAGUUAUAUGGCCCUGCAUUAGUUACAACUAAGGAUGCUGGAGAUGCAGUUACUUUGCUUCAGUCGUUGGCUGGCUCAACCUUUGAUAGCAGUCAACUUGUAUUGACAGCUUGCAUGGGUUUCCAAAAUGUAAAUGAUAGCAGAUUACAGGAGUUGAGAAACAAGCAUCGGCCAGCUGUAAUAGCUUCUGUUGAGGAAAGAUCGAAGGGGCUUCAAGCUUGGAGGGAUUCUAAGGGUCUAGCAUCUAAGCUAUUUAAUUUUAAGCAGGAUCCCAAAUCAAUGCUGACAGAAACAAAUAAAGGAGCACGAACAGAUGAUACACAGACAAAUGGUAAUCUAUCUCGUUCAGAGUCUGGAUCCACAAAUGUAGAUGAAGUUCUCAUUAACCUUACAGGAGAUGUGGAGAUAGAUUCUGUUCCAGAUCUUCAAGAUCAGGUGGUGUGGUUAAAAGUUGAAUUAUGCAAAUUACUGGAUGAAAAAAGAUCUGCUUUACUCAGAGCUGAGGAGCUGGAGACAGCUUUGAUGGAGAUGGUCAAGCAGGAUAAUCGGCGACAGUUGAGUGCAAGGGUUGAGCAAUUAGAGCAAGAGGUUUCUGAGCUUCGGAGGGCCAUUGCUGACAAGCAGGAACAAGAAAGUGCUAUGCUCCAGGUGUUAAUGCGGGUAGAGCAAGAACAAAAGGUAACAGAAGAUGCUCGCAGAUUUUCUGAACAAGAUGCAGCAGCCCAGAGAUAUGCUGCUCAAGUGCUUCAGGAAAAAUAUGAAGAGGCCAUGGCUUCGCUUGCAGAAAUGGAAAAAAGAGUGGUUAUGGCAGAAUCAAUGUUGGAGGCUACCUUGCAGUACCAAUCCGGCCAACUGAAAGCGCAGCCUUCUCCAAGAUCUCCUCAUCCAGAGUCAAAAGGCAAUCAAGAACCCAUGCCAGAACUGCCUGGAAGGAAGAUUAGUUUAUUAGCUCGACCUUUUGGACUUGGCUGGCGAGACCGGAACAAGCAACAGGGAAAACCUACUAGCACAGAUACACCAACGGAUGCCAAGUCUUCUGAUAUAAAGUUGUCGGAUGAGGGGCAGAGUCAAAGCAGCCCACUGAAAGAAACAAGCAGCCCGCAAAAAGAAACAAACGGUAAUGGUGUCGAAGUACAAGAGUAAAGAAAUGCAAGUCUAUUAUGGCGUGAUAAUCUGAUACCUCUAUAUAUAUAUCCAUCUUUUGAUCGUCCAAUUCUUAUAUUCCAUUGGUUUUGAAGAUAUUUUUCCUGUGGCAGAGGGUAGAAAAUUUACUUGUCUGUAAUUUUUGACUAGUGAGAACCAGUACAAAAGCUCAUAUCCAUUAAUUGGCCGUUUGUUCAUUAAGUAGAGAAGUAAUAAUAAUAUAGUUUAGUGAAGAAUGAAUGUAAGAAGAAACGAUGAGAUGAUAGUAAAACAAUUGUAUAAUC